UUGGUUGCGGGCAAGGGGAGCGGCGGCGGGCGCCCUGUUAGCCGUGGGCUGGAGGUGGUUGCAGCCCCCCGGGACCUGUGUUGGGUGGCGGUGCUGCCUCCCAGCGUGGUGGAGCCCGUUGUGUGUUGGCUAGGCAGCUGCUGUUCCGAUUUCGUAAGGAUUAGGAGCGGCGUGUUAGCGCACAAAAGGUGUUUUAAGGGCUUCCCAAGCACGAGAGGUGAAGGAUAGGCACAAGGCGGGAGACGCGCGCGUAGGGGAGCUGGCAGAGGAUGGGAAGAAAAUUCCUUCACACUUGGAGGAAAAGGUCUGCUUUAUUAUUCAGUGAGAUCCUUUAAUCCAGUCACAGUAAUUUAAUCGGCUGAUACUUCAAAUAAAAAGGAAACCAUGAUGUCAAGACAGGCCUUUCUCUGCAGUCUGGGAUCUCUGUAUUUAUCCCUUCUGUUUGUAUUUCUUCUAAUGGAUGUUUAUGCAAGGCCUGCAAAUAAUUCAGCUCUCAAAGAAAAGCCAGCUGACAGUAAGGAUGAGAAUGAGAUCUUGCCCCCAGAUCACUUAAACGGGGUAAAAAUGGAGAUGGAUGGACAUCUUAACAAAGAAUUUCAUCAAGAAGUUUUUCUAGGGAAAGAGAUGGAAGAGUUUGAGGAAGAUUCAGAACCCAGAAAAAACAGGAAGAAGCUCAUGGUCAUCUUUUCAAAGGUGGAUAUAAAUCAUGAUAAAAAGAUCGGGGCGAAAGAGAUGCAGCGCUGGAUCAUGGAAAAGACAGAUGAACAUUUCCAAGAAGCUGUGGAAGAGAAUAAAAUGCACUUCCGAGCUGUGGACCCUGAUGGUGAUGGCCACGUAUCCUGGGAUGAAUAUAAAAUUAAAUUUUUGGCAAGCAAGGGCUUUAAUGAAAAAGAGAUUGCAGAGAAGGUCAGAAACAAUGAAGAAUUGAAAAUAGAUGAAGAAACACAGGAAGUUUUAGACAACCUGAAAGAUCGAUGGUACCAAGCUGACAACCCCCCUCCUGAUCUCUUGUUGAAUGAAGAAGAAUUCUUGUCCUUUCUUCAUCCAGAGCACAGCAGGGGAAUGCUGAAGUUCAUGGUGAAAGAAAUCAUCCGAGAUUUGGAUCAGGAUGGAGAUAAGAAACUUACCCUAUCAGAGUUCAUUUCAUUACCUGUUGGUACUGUUGAGAACCAGCAAGCUCAGGAUAUUGAUGAUGACUGGGUGAAAGACAGAAGGAAGGAAUUUGAGGAAGUGAUUGAUGCUAACCAUGAUGGUAUUGUCACAAUGGAAGAGCUGGAGGAAUAUAUGGAUCCUAUGAAUGAAUACAAUGCCCUGAAUGAAGCAAAACAAAUGAUAGCAGUAGCAGAUGAAAAUCAAAACCAUCACUUGGAGCUGGAGGAGAUCCUGAAAUACAGUGAAUACUUCACAGGCAGCAAGCUUAUGGACUAUGCACGGAAUGUCCACGAGGAGUUCUGAUCCUGCUGGCUUUUCCAGAGCUCUGAAGCACUUUCUUGCUUUCAAAAUAAAAAGAAAAAAAGGAAAAAAAAAUGCAACUCCAAACAGACAGAAAGUUACUUUGCUGCUAUCUGUGUUCUAUGCCUACAGUGUGUUGUCCUAGACUUAACAAAACCUUCCGUCCAUAGCUAAGAUCUGCAGUUCUCUUGCCUUUGGAAUGAGGGGAGAAUGGCCCAAAAAUAUUGGGGCAGAUACUGGGCUACAUCAGUUCCUGGUUUCUACAGUCAACCCAGCUGAAGUUUCAGCUGCCCGUGGCAUUUGGUGGAGGCUUCUUGAAUACUUUAACUUCUUCUGUUGCCCUUGUAGCUGCUGAUCAUGGAAAUCAGAAAUGACACUGAAAGAUGUUGGCUUUUAUAAAGGGGAUGUGGUUCAAAUACGUGUGUUCUGACCUCAUGAGAAUAUCCACACACAGACUGAUUGGCUCAUUAAUCUUCCUCUGUUUUGUUCUCAAUCUACUAAUACAUUGCUGAGAAUUUAAUACAAGUUCUCCCUCCCUCUGAGUUGUCUUUAGGGAGCAACUUGUUUUAAUUUUACAGGGAAACUCUUCUGUAGCUAAUUUAAAAAGAAAUCUGGUAAUAGUGGGACAGGUUUUGUGUCUGCAGCUGCACUGGGAAUGUGAGAGAUUGCUCAUGUCUUAAAUCAAAUUUCAUUCUAAAAUGGAAACAAUGGGGAAGGUUUCUUUGUGGACUUCAAGAUGUUGGACAGAGCAACAGGAUUCACCUGGGUGUAUGGUUAUACAUAAGUAGAAUUGUUAAAGCUAGUAUAAUUAAGUAUAUUUUGAGUAUGUGUUAAUUUGUCUCUGUACAAAUUAAUGAUGCUGAUGAACUUGUGAAUGAUGAAGCUGAGGGGAAUAGAGGAUUUGCUGUUGAACUCAUUUUACCAGAGCCAUGUACAGUCAGCUCCUGGGAAACAUUCUAAUCAGUCUCAUUUUGGGUAAUCUCAGAAAGCAUUUUGCAACACAAGGGUCAUAUCCUCUACUGUCUAAAUUAGAAAAGUUUAUUUUUACUCUGGUUUCAUCUUUACUGUAAAAACCCCUCUUUCUGAUGGGUUGCCUGAAAAUCCAAGUGAGAUAUUAUAUUUGAUUAAACCUAUUCUCUUAAUAUAAUGUAAAUAUAAGUAUUGCUGUCUGUUUUGA